CCUCUCUGUCCAUUUGGUCCUUUGAGAUUUGGGGGCAAAGCCAAUUUCCUUUUCGGACAAGAUGUCUUAUCAGUGCAAGCAGCCUUGCGUGGCGCCCCCAAUUUGCGUGAAAGGGACCGCCACCAAGUGCGGAGCCACAUCAUGUGGCGCAACCAAGUGCGGGAACCCCUGCGCCACUGACGUGUGCGCGGCGCCUUGCCAAACUGCCUGCGGCGACGGCGUCAAGGCGCCUGCCACGAAGUGUGCGGACCCAUGCACGAAGUGUGCGGACCCAUGCACGAAGUGCGCGGACCCAUGCACCAAGUGCGCCUCGCCCUGCCAAAGCGUCUGCGGUGGCGUCAAAGCCGCGGCACCCUGCCAGGGCACCGUCUGUGCCACCCCUUGCCAAGGUCAGACCGGCGUCUCUGUCUGUGCCGCCCCUUGCCAGGCUCAGAGCUGUGUGCCUGUCUGCGCAUCACCGUGCCAGGCUCAGACCUGCAUCCCUGUCUGUAUUCAGCGCUGUGGCUGUGGAUGUGGCAGGCUCGUUUUGGUGCCCCAGACCUGUUGCGCGAGUCCCUGCAGCACCGUCUGUGCGGUGCCGGUCCACGUCCAACCCACAGCGACAUGCUGCUGCUCUUCGACCUGCUGCAAGCCGCGUUGCCUAAGCCCUUCCAGGAUGUCCGGCCAGGAGCAGCAACAGAAGAAGCACUCCCAUGUGCCCCCCGUGGUUGUGCACCACCCGCCACCCCAGCAGAAGCCCCCCAGUUGCGGCAAACCCAAGCCGGACGACCACCACCAGGAGGUGAAGCCCCCCGGUUGCGGCAAGCCCAAGCCGGACCACCACCACCACCAGGAGGAACAGAAGCCCAAACACAGCGGCUGCCACUAA